UUCGUGAACUUACUUUCGCAGACGAAGGGAGUGUUUGCCGUAGAGUCGUAGAGCGAAAUAUCGGGUGAUAAUUGUUUAUUAGCGUCGCUACCAGAAUAAAAACCGGUGCCAUUGAAUGCACAGUGAAGUGCCGAGUGAUUGAAGAUUAUGAUUGCGGAUUCCGGAAGGCUCUGGCAGGUGGUGUUUGCGGUGGCUCUGCUGGGAGGCAUUCCAACUGUCGUCAGUGGAUUUCCGCGGGUGGAAAGCAAUGGCUGUGUACGGCAUUCCCCAACCCUCAACAAGUGCAUCGAGCGGUCCGUUCAGUACUACAUCACCUACAUGUCCAACGGGAAGAUCUCCGACCGGUACUAUGUGAUGUCGAUUGAUCCACUGACGUUCCCAAACACCACCCUGGUCCGAAAUCGGAACAUCCAAACGUACUUCCUCGGUAGAGAGAUGAGAGGAUUCAAGAAUUCUUUUGUCACCGAUGUCAAGGCAGAUCUCAACAAGCUGGAAUUUUUGCUGCAGGUUCACAUGCCAGCCUUGGACGUGCACGGGUCGUACAGGGCCGAACUGGUACACGAACGACAGAUCGCUGAAUGGGCCAAAAUGUUUUCCUCGAUCCGCAACUCAACACUUCGGAUACACCUCAAGGGAACAACGUACGAAAGCGAAGACCGGAUAUACGUUCGGGUGAACAUCACCGAUUUUGAUCUGACGAUCGGCGAUCACACCGUGGGCUUCGGUUGGUUCACCAUGAGCGGAAACUACUCCGAACACAGCCAGAACUUCGAUCUCGAACGGGGCCGCAACAUUCUGUCGAUCGUGGAGAACGAGUUCGCGCAAAGUUUCCAGCAAAAGUUUCAAAUGGUGCUGAAUGAAAUUCUACGAUUGGCCCCAUUCGAGCGAUUCUUUCCCAGUCAGUAGAAGUGCCGCCACCCGGAGGCCGUUAUCAGUGACGCAACCGGCAAAGGGGAAUGUAAAUAUAGCUUUAUUUGUAACAAUAAACGAUAUUUAUUUUUGU